AUGUUGGGGGCUGCGGCGGAACCCACACACGAGGAGGAGGAGGUGCUGUCGGUCACUCAGGACGAGGACGAGGACCAACACUUAAAGGAGGAGGACGAGACGGCGGCGGCGGCGGUGCUAACACGCUUCACCAGACAGGCUGAAAGGGACCCGUACAUCUUCAACCUGUUCGAAGUGCUGCUCACCACGCUGGAGAGCAAGCUGCGCCGUGUCGAGAACAUGGACCGGGCCCUUGAGAGGCUGGUGCGGCGCUUGGACACCGUGGAGAACAGGCUAGCGGUCAACCUCAACACCACGGCGCAGCUUGUCCGCCUAUUGGAGACAAGACUAGUGGAGCCCAGCGCGUACAGAAACCCCGGCACCUCCAACGGGUACGUCAGGAGCAGCAGCAGCAGUAGCACCAGCAACAACAACAACACAAGCAGACGCACAGGAACACAGACCAGCACAGAGAGCACCAACAGCAACCCGAGCAGAAGUAGCAGCGGCAGUAGUAGCAGUGGGAGUGAGACCGGUAGCCAGGAGGAGGCGGGGUACGGUAAGGGCAUGAGUCUGAUGGAGCAGCGGCUGUACUUGCUGGCGGAACACGUCACGCGCAUCGACAACAAGCUAUCGUCGAUGCAGAAAACGCUCGACACUAAUAGCAUCCUGACGCCGGCUGACGAGUUGGUAGCGGCAGCCUCUGAGAGCUACCGUGUGGGCGUGGACAUUCCCAAGAUACAGUCGCUGGAUAAAAACCCCACCCUCAACAAGCUGCAAGAGUCCAUUGACAACGUGCGUGAGUCCGUAGCGUCCAUGGACCGCCGCCUACAGUUCCACAUGGCCUACGUGUCUGGGGACCUGGAACAGCUGGCGGGCACGGUCAGGAACAUCCACACGGCCAUCCUAGAGGACCAGAGCCCCGUCACGGACACCACCACUCCGCCCACGAGCUGGAACGUGACUCUGCCGCCGCCCAGAACCAAGAUCGACUCCCUGGUGGACCGUAUGUCGCCGAUGGAGACGGUGUGGGAGAAGAUGGAGGAGGUGUGGGACGUGGUGGUGGGCACGAAGAGCUCCGUGGACGUGCUGGUGCCGAAGAGCGAGGCGCUUCUCAACACCAGUCAGCGGCAGGAGCGAGCCAUCUCUACCAUACAGAGCGACCUAACCGAGAAGGCCAACAGGAUCAUCCAGAACCUUGACCAAGUGGAGCAGACCCUGAAAACCAUGCCACUGGACAAGAGUCGCCAGCGUGACCUCAUCAACCCCGUCACCCUCCUCCACCGCUCCACCCACACCCUCCACCUGCAGGACGACACACCUGUGGAGGACCCGCCCGGUGACCUUGCUGACCAAAGUUUCCUGACGGAGCACAACAGCAGCGAAAUGGUGACCACGACGGAGCGGCCUGCGACGAGAAGCCCCCUUGGUCCCUCCGGCUUGGUGUUCCCCUCCGUUCAGGGCAAACCAGUGACCGUCAACAACAGCUUUAUAGUGAACGACCUACAUGAGCUGAAUAUGAAGCAAGGGUUCUCGUGCGUGGAUCUUCUCGCUAAGGGCAUGAAGGAGAGCGGGACCUACCAUCUCAAGAUCCGGGGCACCACCUACUGGUUCCUCAAAGUCUAUUGUGAUAUGGAGAUUGCAGGAGGCGGAUGGACGGUGAUUCAAAGGAGAGACGACUUCGGCGAGCCCCGCGAGACCUUCAACAGGGAAUGGAACGACUACAAACACGGCUUCGGCAACCCUGAGGCCGAGUUCUGGCUGGGCAACGAAAACAUCUACAUGCUCACCAACACGGACGACCACAUGCUGAGGGUAGAACUCGAGGACUUUGACGGCAACAGAAGGUACGCGGAGUAUUCCACGUUUAAGCUCCACAGCGAGAAGGACAAUUACAAACUCGAGAUCGGUGGAUAUUCAGGCAACGCUGGCGACUCCCUGAACGAUCCUUGGUAUGGCUCCAACCUCAGUCCCUUCUCCACCGUCAACAGAGACAACGAUCGCUCCAGCCUCAACUGCGCCUCUAUGCUGAAGGGAGGCUGGUGGUGGAGGUCUUGCGGGCGAGGCCUUAAUGGAAUCUACCUCACGGACCCCAACGACCUCACCGCACGACAAGGUAUCGUGUGGUUCAGGUGGAGGGGCUGGGACUACACCCUCAAGAGAUCCGUCCUUAUGAUCAAACCCAAGGACAAGAACAGAAAGCAGAAGUGAGCGAAGGGAUGCUGCUGAUGCUGCUGAUAGUGCCGAGGAGAAUACAGAGGAAGAAGAGGAGGAGUAUUGUACUGCAGAAGUGAAUGUCUUAUGAAGCUUUCGAAGGCCAAGAAGAGAAAAGAAUAAGAAAGGAAGAAUAAGAAGUUUUCGGAGUAUAUGUAGACUGAAUGUGUGAGGCGACAUAUCAAACCAAGAGGACGAAACAAAGAAGAGCAAAAGAAAUUCCUUGAAAAAUCUUGUCUACAUAACGUGAAAGCGUGAAAAUGUUCUGAUUAUCACACUUCCUUUUUUUAUAUUACCACUUUUCAAAAACGUAACAAGGAUCAAAUAUGGAGAAGCGUAAAUACAAAGAACAUUUCGAAUCAUAUUCAAAGCAGAUUCUAAAUUGUAAACAAAAGAAGGAAAAUACGUAAGGACCAGCAUUAGAUACAUGUGGAACAGAAACAGAUGGAGGUACAGAUGAUAAGGGAGAUAUCGUGUUAUUUAUCACGUGGCUAUUCACUGAGUUAAUGAAUAAAAAACGGGUAUUUUGACGUUAAGAGAUAGAUAACAUGCAGUGGAUAAACGACUCAACGAUCCCAACACGAAAAUAACAUUGAGGGAAUGACAAAAAGAAAAGGAAUAAGUGGAAGAGGAAGAAAGAGAAAGUAAGGUAAAGAGAAGAAACAUAGAUUAAAUACAGAAAAUGGAAAGAAAAGAAAGAUUAAAAAGACAUUAUUCAGAAAUACGAGACAUGAUUGAAAUAUUCCUGCUUUAUUUCCUCCUCCUCCUCCAAUUCAUAUGUCCCUUCUUUCACUCAAAGAUUCAAAGAUUUCUGAGUUCCCUCCUCCUUACCCCUCCCCCUUGCCUUCUUUCCCUCCUUCUCCUUACCCCUUCCCCCUGUCUUCUUUCCCUCCUUCUCCCUCCACCCUCCUCCUCCUUUCUGAGUUACCUCCUCCUUACCCCUCCCCCCUGUCUUAUUUCUUCCCUCCUUCUCCCUCCUCCCUCUUUCUCCUUUCUGAUUUCCCUCCUUCUCCUUACCCCUCCCCCCUGUCUUCUUUCUUCCCUUCCUCUCUAUACUUCCCUCCUCCUCUUCCUCCCUCCUUCUCACGGCACAAAGCACAAAAUAUAUACAAUAAAAAAGUUGAGUAGAUUCUCCUCCAGAAAUGAAAACCAAAAAAAAUAUGUACAUAGGUUAUAUCACACCCUAGCAAGUGCAAUACGUACACACACACACACACACACACACACACACACACACACACACACACACACACACACACACACACACACAGGGGCUAUUACAACUUUGACUCAAUUCUGUGUGAACCUGUAUGAACCAACACACACACACACACACACACACACACACACACACACACAAGAAGCGCUAGUUAAUGAUUUUUUUUUUUUCGAUAAGCUAGUGUAGUGUUUUAAUAAGCUUUACUUUCGUCCGUAACAUUCCGACUCUAAUUCUUUUUUUUUAAUAUUAAUAUAAUGAAUACUAUAGAUGGUCACUUUUCACUUCCAGCACUUUAGGAUUUUACUAUAACUCUCGUCUAUAAGAAUGAUUAGCAUCUUCCUUCAGUGUGUCUGUAAGGAAGUGUUUGAAAUACUAGAAGAAAGUGAACACUAUUAUACGGGACCUGCUGUGUUAUUUUUGUCUUUUUUUAUAUAUAUAUAUUUAGCUAUAAGAGGUGUGUCUUGUCCAUCGUUUCGUCUGUCAUUCAUAUAUUUUCGUUUUUUCCUUAUCAUGCUACGUCUGUUUUCCUCCCUUCCUCACACGAGUUUUCUAGUAUUAUUUAUUACUUUAUUUUGUGGCUCUAGAAACGCUCAUCCUCAUAUAAAACACCUUCAAAGGAGCUCUGGGAAGGGGGCGUUACACGGAAAAAAAUAAUACUGAGAUACGUGGAAAGAAUAGUGAGGAAUCCUUGAAAGAUAAAAGUGGUCGCGGGAUAACACCCCAGAACACUUUAUCUGCUAUUCCUAGUGAAGAUAUAUCAUGCUUAUCAACAGCAACCAGUCUGUCGCUCCUCCUACUGUCUCACACUUACGUAAAAUGAAACCUAUGAAAAGGAACAAAAAGUAUUAAGUCUCUACAUCUGUCUCUCACUCUCACUUCAAGAUGCAAUUAAUAAGGAAAACUAUGUGAGGAAAAGGAUUGUUUUUUUUUUUUUUACAUAGUGAGACUUUGAAAACUCACUGAGGUUUGUAAUGUUUUGAAAGAUAUUUAGAAUGUCUGGGUCUUGAUCAUCUUCGAAGUUAGUUGCUUCUUAUUUAUUUAUUGAGAUUUUAAGUUUUGCAUGGUCGUUAAAACUAAGUAGGACCAUUAAACAGUCAAAUAGAUUCAGUGCAUCUUACAAUGUGGACGGCUUCAAUGUAUUAUCUAUUUAUUUAUGGAGGCAAGGAAGCAGUUACUGAUCAAUACAUAGACACACAGAAAACACAAAAAUAUGCGUCAAUAAAUAAAGAAAAAAAUAUAAACAAACAAAUAAAAAGUAAGGAAAAUAAAAAAGUAAGUAAAUAGGGCAUGACACCUCCUUCCCAUUCUCUCUUUGAUAUCUUUUGUCUGUCUGUCUGUCUGUCUGAUUCCUGUCUGUCUUGCUUUCAUAAACCUUUGUCUUUUAGUGUUGAUGGUGCUAAUGUGUGUAUGUGUAUGUGUGUGUGUGUGUGUGUGUGUGUGUGUGUGUGUGUGUGUGUGUGUGUGUGUGUGUGUGUCUGUUUGUGUGUGUUAUGCAGGCACCAUCAACCAAUCAAUCUGUCUGUCAACUCUCUCUCUCUCUCUCUCUCUCUCUCUCUCUCUCUCUCUCUCUCUCUCUCUCCCCGUGUCGCUGUACAGAAUGCAUGCUUCGUUAAAACUCUUGUAUGCCUGGCGUAUAUAAGAAGUUGGACUCAUUAUUGCGUAUGAAAUAUGAAGGAAGAGGAGAGAGACCUUAAAUAUUUAGCACGAGCAUAACGGGAGACAUUCAAAGCUGUUUACCGAUAGGUGACGCCACUGUGCAUUCUUCUCGGAUUUUCUGUCUAGGCCAAUAGGUUUAACUCCGGACAGAGGGAUUGAGAAGUAAGACCAGUGCUGCCCUUUAUGUGAAAACCGCUUUGAUACCCUCCCCUUGUGUCCAUGAUAACGAUGUGAAGGUGGGAAGUCACUCUCCUAUCUCUCUCUCUCUCUCUCUUUUUCCCAUUAUAAUAUAUUUUUAUAUAAACUUUAUUUCCUGCUACCUAUUGUAAUUUUUGUCUUGUAUUUUUCCUUUCCUUCUCCCCUCCCAUUCUCCUCCAUCCCCUCAUCUCUCUCUCUCUCUCUCUCUCUCUCUCUCUCUCUCUCUCUCUCUCUCUCUCUCUCUCUCUCUAAGCUUGUGUAGAUUAGCAGUGAACAACCACAUUCGCUUUCCUUCUUUCUCUCGCCGCUGCCCACCUACACACACACACACACACACACACACACACACACACACACACACACACACACACACGAACAUACUUAUUGAAGAGGCUAAGACUGAAAUCAGCGGCGAGUUGUAUUUAGGAGGAAUCACUUACCCCCUCCCCUCCAAAUGCUCUUCUCCCCCCCACUCCCCUCCGUAUUUAGCACUUUUUCCAUCACAAAACUGUAAAGAAGAAAGUUACGUGGAAGAAGUGCAACGUAGACUAAAGUUUGACUCUCUUGCAUGUAAUCAAAGUCUGUUUCCUACACAUCCUUCAUAGUAUUAAAAAUGUUCAUUGAUGA